GUCCGACUUUUUAUGGCCAAGGGAGCAUUUUCUUUGAAAUUUUCAAGUGACCCCCAAAGCACCUUACUAUACCUGCGUUUACACUAGGCCGUUUCGCCGACUGAUCUCAAAAUUGCGUCUUUUGUGCGUGCUGGCUGGUGGAUGAAAAGUGUCCUGAAUACGUGGGCAUACCUGCAAUACGAAUAUGACUCCGACGGUCAAGCGUUCACAUCAAGGAUGCGCUCGAUGUAAGCGACGCCGGCAAAAAUGCGAUGAGCGAAAACCGACUUGUGGGCGUUGUUCCAGCGCCGAAGUAGCCUGCGAAUAUAAAAUUACAUUAAAGUGGAAUGGCCGCGUUCCCAGGGAAGAGAAACCGUCAUACCACGAGGAAAGUCUUGUUUGGAGGCUGGACUCUCACGACAGCAAUAACAAGCUUUCUAAGUCCGAGCCUGUGUCUCACUGGACACGAGGGUUUAAUUUCUUUUCUUUGGCAAGAUCAGCACUUCACUUGCAGCAGCCUUCCUCAGUUUUAACCUCAACUAGCAGACUGCUUCUCCACCACUUUAUUACCGAAACUUCAAAGAUAUCAAGCUCCCCCCAUAUUCGUGAUCAAAUAUGUCAGGCCAUACUGCCUAUGUCACAUCAAUCCGAAUCACUACUUUACGCUACGAUGGCGUUAUCGGCUCUUCAUCGAUGUACCAUGUUAAAUGAGCCUCCUACUCGAUUUAUACCCGAAAGUCUGGUUGCAGAUUUAAUUAUUUGCAGUAUGCGCUGCCUUCGUCGAGACCUGGAAACCCCCGGGUACCCAGUCCAGCCUCUACUCCACACCAUUCGAACAUUGUGCCACUGUGAGAUUUUUUCUGGCCAGGCCAAUUCCUUCUGGCGUGUUCAUGUGAAUGGGGCGGGAGCUAUGUUUACCGAAAUAGUUUCGAGAAGCGACUUGGAUGAGUCCGAGAAUAGCUUCUGGCUCUGGUCCCGAUGGUUCCGGUCAAUACGAGCACUGUCGGCUGUCACGGAUAUUGGGAACUUGUCGGGAACAGCCUCAAGGGAUUUGACAACGCAAGAUGUCGAUCGAAGCUACUUCUUCGAUACGUACACUGGGUACUCUUCGGACCUCAACAUUGUACUCAUGGAGAUCGGCUCCUUGUUGCAUUUAAAGGGACUGAGCGAUGUUAGAAUCGCAUCCGUGGAAACUAGGAAUACCAUUGAGCAAAAGGCAGAAGAGCUCAAACGAUCCAUUUUAUACAUGAUUCGCCGCGAUACGGAGCUUGGACUCAAAUUUCCUGACCAAGCUUUAAUCACGCCUGAAACAACCUUUCAAUUCCAGGCUUGCAAUACUGCGUACCAAUACUCAGGUCUAAUAUAUCUUUAUAGGAGGGUUCAGGGGCUACCUACAUCCAGCAAUGAGGUUCAAGGCUGCGUUAGAGAAAUCCUGAAUGCUGUGUCCUCGAUCCUUCCAGUCACCACCCUUUCUCCUUGGAUCCUUCUCACCACUCCUAUCUACACUGCUGGUUGCGAAGCCAUGGCCCAAGAUAGGAAUCUUGUGAAAGAAAUCCUUCAAGACUUAUAUCAUGCUCUCCAUAUCCGCAACAUCAUGAGGGCAUUGGGGUUACUUGAAAAGCGAUGGGAGGCUUUAGACUGCUCUGAAAGUCUCAGUCUCGACCCUUUGGAAAGGCCUAAGGGUAACAUUUCAGAUGCAGCUGAUAAUUCAGAUUGGCUAGAUUUCAUUCCAUACUGAGGUUAUAUCCAGUUAUGGCGCCAUUUGUGGCAAUAAUGUUUCCUAGUGAAGGACAACACUGCCAUUUCUUUCCUUUCAC